AUGGAUGAUCAGAAUGGGACAAUAUACACUUCUGAAGGAGGGGAAACAAAUAUUGUUGAAGUUAGCCCAAAUCAAGAACCAUAUGAGGGUAUGCUAUUUGAAUCAGAAGAUGCUGCCAGAGUAUUCUAUGAUGAUUAUGCCAGUCGCGUAGGAUUUUUGACCCGUGUUCUGUCAUCCCGGAAGUCUGAGCGUGAUGGGUCAAUAAUCUCUCGUGGACUUGGAUGUAGAGGGGUCUCUGAUAAUGGUAGAAAAGUAAUGCAGAAGGAGUGUGGACAACGAGAAUUUUGCACAGCCAUGGUGUUGUUGAGGCAAGAGAAGCCUGGAAGUUGGGUUGUCAAGAAGUUUUUGAAGGACCAUAAUCAUCCGUUAGUGGUUCAAUCACAAAAGAGUCGCCGAACGCUUGUAAGCCUCUCUUAUGUUGCAUAUGUUCUCAUGUAG